CAUGAUAAUUUAAUGUCGGAGUCGGACUUGGACAUUGUAGCAAACCAUUACCAAUAAUAAUAAUCAUCGGAUUAUAAUCAUCUGAUCUAUUUUUUCCACUACUACUACUACUACUGAAAAACUCCACUACUGAGUAUUCCAGAUAUCACAAAACCACAACAGACCAGUGAUCUGAUCUUCCAUUAAAUAUUGCAUUUAAUUUAUUUAUCUUUAUAAGUAAUAAUAAAGAGUUGAUAUAUAAAUAUGUCGACAUCAGUAAUAGGUAGACGGUUAUCCAUACCGGCAAUUGCUAGAAAUUUGCCUAUGUUUACAACAACUCGAUUCAUAUCGCGAACAUUGCCAUUAAAUCAAGACAAUAAAAGUGAAGGAUGGUUAAGUAAGCUUGGUGUAAGAAAAAUGGAGCCCACCAAAGAAUCACAUUCGCGUAUGCUGUCAGACAAAGAAGUUAUUUAUGCAUUACAUACACACAAUAUACGACCUGAUUCUAUUGACAAGUAUCUCGCUAAUUACCAGGAAAAUGUAAAUCUUAUCCAUUCCAAGAAAAGUGAAUUAAACUGCGAAUUAGUCGGCUCCUGGACCGUUGAAGUCGGGGAUCUUGAUCAAGCUUUACAUUUGUGGCAAUACACCGGUGGCUUUGAACGUAUUGAUCGUGCUCAGCUUGCAUUAUCUAAGGACGAAGCUUAUCAACGAUUACUUCGUGAACGCGGUAAUUAUUUGAGAUCACGACAUUUACAGUAUCUGCUCGCAUUUAGUUACUGGCCGCAACUCGGGAAACGUGAGGGUCCCAAUAUCUAUGAGAUAAGAAGCUACAGAUUGAGACCUGGUACUAUGAUUGAGUGGGGAAAUAAUUGGGCACGAGCUAUUAAUCACAGGAGAAAUAAUGAUGAACCCUUUGCUGGUUACUUUUCCCAAAUUGGUCGCCUGUAUAAUGUUCAUCAUAUUUGGUGCUAUAAAGAUUUACAAGCGAGAAAAGAAACACGUGAAAGUGCAUGGAGGUCACCAGGAUGGGACGAGUGUGUUGCUUACACAGUACCGCUGAUACGUGAAAUGCAUUCCCGUAUUUUGAAACCCACAUCAUUUUCACCUACUCAGUGAAACUGUUAAUUACCGCAUGUAAAUCAUUGAGAUUGGUCGCGCGUAAAAACACGUACUAUUAGGAAUUAUUAUUAUGAUUAUUUAUUAACUAUUAGAAACAUUGGCUUUGUCGAAUAUUUCAUUUAUACAAAUAUUUUUAAUAAAAAGACACAAGUGUUAUUUGAAAA